AUGUUAUGGCUCGCUUUGGUAUUCACAGCCGUCGAAACUAAUGCAAUGAAGCAAGCAGAGAAUGCAACAAUCCAAGCACUAAUAGUAUUCGGAGAUUCGAUCAUGGAUACUGGUAACAACAACAAUCUCCCCACUCUUUUAAAGUCUAACUUUUCUCCCUACGGCAAACAAUUUCCCGGAGGCUUAGCCACUGGAAGAUUUUCUGAUGGAAGAAUUCCUUCUGAUCUAAUAGCUGAAAAGUUGGGAUUGACUAAGACAUUGCCAGCUUAUUUAAAUCCGAAUUUGAAGCCUGAAGAUCUUCUUAAAGGUGUAACAUUUGCAUCUGGAGGAACUGGUUAUGAUCCAUUAACAUCUAAGCUUAUGAAAACCGUCUCCGCGAAGGUUUUUACUGAAUCGAAAAUGGCGGAAAGAGGUGGAGAGCGCGGCGCAGAGCGUGGCGGUGACCGUGGAGGUUUCGGGCGUGGAUUCGGCGGUCGUGGAGGAGGACGAGGCGGUCCCAGAGGCCGUGGUGGUCGUCGUGGAGGCCGUGCCACCGAAGAAGAGAAAUGGACUCCGGUGACCAAGCUCGGCCGUCUCGUGAGAGAAAAUAAAAUCACGAAGCUGGAGCAGAUCUAUCUCCAUUCUCUCCCCGUGAAGGAGUACCAAAUCAUAGAUCUCCUCGUCGGACCGACCUUGAAAGACGAGGUGAUGAAGAUCAUGCCGGUUCAGAAGCAAACCAGAGCCGGUCAGAGGACGAGGUUCAAGGCCUUCGUCGUCGUCGGAGAUGGUAACGGACAUGUUGGAUUGGGAGUGAAAUGCUCCAAGGAGGUUGCGACUGCGAUUAGAGGCGGAAUCAUUCUCGCGAAGCUCUCUGUGAUUCCGGUGAGGAGAGGUUACUGGGGAAACAAGAUCGGGAAGCCGCAUACGGUUCCUUGUAAGGUGACCGGAAAGUGUGGAUCCGUGACGGUGAGGAUGGUUCCGGCUCCGAGAGGUGCUGGGAUUGUGGCGGCUAGGGUUCCGAAGAAGGUUCUUCAGUUUGCUGGGAUUGAUGAUGUCUUCACUUCCUCCAGAGGAUCCACCAAAACCCUCGGAAACUUUGUCAAGGCUACAUUUGAUUGCCUACAGAAGACGUAUGGGUUCUUGACACCAGAGUUUUGGAAAGAGACGAGAUUCUCCAAAUCGCCAUACCAAGAGUACACUGAUCUCUUGGCUAGUAAGCAAGUCGCUGCACCCAAGGCUAUCGCCGACGCUGAAGAGAAUGCUGCUUAA